GUGUGUGUAACAGGGGAUGAUGAGAAUGACAGAGACCGGAAAAAGAGAAUGGACCAGGGUGGUGACAGAGGAGCAGUAAAGGGAUUGGCGUGGUUCUCGGUGUUUGGCUCCUGGUCUUUGGCUGGCUGGGAGCAGAGCGGCAGAUGGCGAUGUGAAGACGGGCUCAGCCAGAACUGCCUGUGCUUCACAAUGGCUGACAACGACCGGUUGCCACAGGAUACAGGAUUUGACUUGAUCAUGUGAUCUGAUUGCCUCGCCAAGUUGUCCCUGCCGUUUCUCAUAGGGGUAUCAUGACCCGCCGGCUGAGUAGCUCUACUCGUUCCCACACGGAGGACUCCAUCUUCCUGCGGCCCGAUGAGGACCCCGUCUGGCUGGACGAGCCCGCAAAGACAGACAAACUAUGUGACGGAGUCCCCAAAAAAGACGGGCUCCCGGAAUGUAAAGACGGCCCGGCCGAGGGCCAGAACGCCCAGGGAGAGGAAGUGUUCAUCCACAAGGUCUACGCUCUCGUGAUCGAGAUCCACUGCUGGGCUGCGCUGUUCAUCAUCUCACAAGUCACGGGCUACUGGGUGUUUUUCGUGGUGGAAGGAAAUGGGCCUUUCUCCUCCAUCUACAAGGCCCUGCAGGUCAUUGACUUCUACCUUGGCUUCAUCUUGCCCUGCCACCCAAUAUUUGGAAUGGAUUCCAUGGUGCUGAUGAGGGAGGUGGUAAACACGAAGGAGCACAACUGGAUCGUCCACGGUACUGCAGGCAUUGGCGUGGCCAUCUGUGUGAUCAUGGUUAUUCACAUGGUGUGGAAGUGGCGGUAUGGCUCUGGGCUGUGGUCGUCAGGAUCGGGGUCGGGGACUGGGACUGGGACGGCAUCGAGGGACCUUGGCGAUCGGCGUCAGUCGGUGAGCCGCCAGCCGUCCUUCACCCUGUCGGAGUGGACGGACGCCCAGGAGGACCUGCUGGACCUGGAUCCCGUCCCUCAGACCCCGGUGUUUGACAUAGGCACUGACACCCGGACGGAGGGAGACGCCGCCACCCUGACAGUCACGCCGGUGGGGCUUCAGGAGAGGAGAGGCUCCAACGUUUCCCUGACCCUGGACAUGUGUACGCCAGGCUGCACGGAGCCCUACGGCUACGGCGCUUCCCCGCUCUCACCCAGAGACCAAUCAGCCCAGGAGUACCUCCGCCAGGGAACGCACGUCCUGACCCCGGCCAUGCUGCACACCAGAGCCAUGGAUGACCAGAGCCUGCAGUCAGAGUUUUAUGAAACUCCCAUGAACUUUGUGGACCCGAAGGAGUACAAUUACCCAGGGCUGGUGAGAAAGAACCGCUACAAGACCAUUUUACCCAAUACUCACAGCAGAGUCAUCCUGAAGUCUCUAGAUGAAGAGGAUUUUCUCACCACCUAUAUUAAUGGAAAUUAUCUCAAAGGCUACGGGGGUGAGGAGCGGGCCUACAUCGCCACCCAGGGUCCCACCGUCAACACGGUGGGGGACUUCUGGAGGAUGGUGUGGCAGGAGAAAAGCCCCAUCAUCGUGAUGAUCACAAACCUGGAGGAGAAGAACGAGAAAUGCGCGGAGUACUGGCCCGAGGACACUGUGACCCAUGAGGGCAUCCAGAUCACUGUUGUCUCGGUAACACAGGAGGAUGACUACAGCCUGAGGGUGUUUACUCUGAAGAGUGGGGAGGAAGAGCGCAGCCUGAAGCAGUACUGGUACACCUCCUGGCCCGAUCAGAAGACCCCUGACAAAGCCCCGCCUCUGCUGGAACUGGUGCAGGAAGUGGAGAGGGCUCGAGAGGAAGCCCCUCCUUCCAGUGGGCCCACGAUCGUUCACUGCAGUGCUGGGAUUGGUCGAACUGGCUGUUUCAUCGCCACCUCCAUCCUGUGCAAGCAGCUGAGGACCGAGGGUGUGGUCGACAUCCUGAGAACCACCUGCCAGCUCCGUCUGGACAGGGGCGGGAUGAUCCAGACGUGUGAGCAGUACCAGUUCGUGCACCACGUCCUCAGCCUGUACGAGAAGCAGCUGUCUCACACAGCCGAGGAGUAGUGUGAGCACUCCGGCCACACCCCGAUCGAGACACACCACUGUACACUGUACCGCCGCCGGUGGUAUGCACCACUGUACCUAGCAUCAUCUCAGCCUCACCCUUUAACAAGCUCCAACCGUGUUAAUCCCUUCAUCCAAGGCAGGCUCGCUCAGGCAGGACUGAACGGUCGGCAUGAAAUCUGUGCGUAUUGUAUGAAUAUCAUAAGAGGAUGUGGGAAUUGAGAUCACUGCCCUUCCUCCCGGCGACACAGUUUCAUCACUGAUCCACAGAUUCUUGGGGAGACGCAGCAGUCUGGCCUGAAAUAAUCGAAGCUCACACUCCCAGCAUCAUUUCAUUUGCACUGCUGAAGUUUCUAUCACGCUACUGUACAUGGGCCUCGUCCUGCACUCGCUCUGAAAUAGCUCCCUCCCGUACUGAUUGUACAGCGAUCGAAAGGACCCGAAGUAUAAUGGGAUCGCCUGCAGUGGUGCCGGUUUGGAAAUUCAAGUUCAGUCUCGCAAAGUUGGCGAUGAUGAAUAAUAAGGGCCCUUUACAGUAUAAGUUCCAGCAUAUUUUAAAUCUACGGAGAUAAUCAAACGCCAGCCUAAUAUGUUACUCUGUAUUGAUAUGAAGGCUCACAUGAAUUCUGAGUUAGCCUUUUCUCACUGACUCUCAUAUUUAAUGUAAUUGAAAAAAAAAAGAACAUUAGAGAAGGCCUCUUUCAACUUUUGAUGCAUUCAGAAGUCACCUCAUCUUCAGGUUGCAUGGUGCUAAGUGUUCAUUAAAGGCAUGUGCAAUGUUAUGGAACAUAGGAAUGUAUAACAAUUAGGUUAAUGAUUAAAUAAUUAGGAUUUCUGUGCAAUUUACAGUAUUACAGUUGUACCAUGCUGCCUGUGCAGUCCUCAUGGCCCAUGAUGUUUACAGUCAACAACUUCUGCAUUAAGGCCACAUAGACGUUCACCCAGAGGCAUCACAGGGCCGGGGAUGCAGGAAUAGUCACACCAUCAGAACAACGGAUGUGGAAUCGGAGAUGCACCAAAUGUUGUCUCACCAGAAAACUGGGAACCGUAAAUGAAAGAGUGUUAACAUACGGAUGAAAUACCUCCCCUGAGAGCUGGACGCUUUGUGAUGCCUCUGCUUUCAACAGUAGCUUGAACACAUCUGUGAAUAAGAAGCCCAUGAUUGUUGUAUAGACAGGCCAGGCCUAAUCUGUAUGAAGCACAAUAGACCAACUAAGGUUGUCUCUCUGAUGUUCAGCCGUAAAAGUUCCUUUUUUUUUCCCCCGUAUUGUGUUUUGGUUGUGUUGAGUUUAAUGGAUUGCAUGUGCUGUAUGGGACUCCAUAGGUCCACAAUCAAAGCGACGUGAUUGGUUGUCCUGCUUUUUGUUGUGUAAAAGGGUUUAAAGCCUAAUAUAUUGCUUGCUCUCGGCCAAUGCUUUUGAUACAGUUUGCUUUUGUGAAACCAACCAGAGAUAUUUUUAGAACAUUUUGAUACAAUCCUUUCGAGUAGAUGCCUUGUGUAUAUUUCCGUUUACACCAUGAUGGAAUGUAGCUCAUACUGUGGAUCAAACCAUCGGUUUUGCAAGAUUUAACGGAACAAAAUGUGACGACUACCUAAGUUACCUUACAGUACACAAAAUAAGUAGAUUUCGUUCAGUCUUCAGUAAAAUUACUUUGGGCCUUUAGGCUUUGCUUUAAUAUGCUUUGCUUUCUGUGUUUGUUUUUUAUUGUUUCCUUGGAAGAUUUUACCUCAGACUGAGUUUUUACGCAGUCCCCACUCUAUUCCACCUGUGACUAGAGGCCACUCUCCGUUGACAACAUGAGAAAUAUGUGUAAGGCAGCUAAAACAGUGACGACAAUUUUCUAUGUUAUAAAACUCAAAUGAUUUCUAUCUUGACUUGAUGCAUCUGAUUAAAGGCCAUGAACAUUGUCAGAGGAUGGCUCUAAAUGUACCAAUUCUCAAACAU